UGUGGUGUGGUGUGUGUCGCGUCGCGCGAGCGCGAGCGCGUAUUCUCGCCGCGGUAAUACGUAUGUGCGCAUCUCCGCGCCGCCGUUGCCCGCCGUCGACGACGUCGGCGUUGUGCCCCCCCGGUACGCCGCUUUGGAGCGUAGCAACGGCCGCGCGCCGCGGAAGCGGAACCCGGGUGUGCGCUGCGCCGCGGUGCCCGCGUGCCAUCGCCGUCCGCGAUAUUCGCGACAUUCGCGUGCCCGCGACUCGCGAGGAGCCAGCAACAGCAACAGCUCGUCCUGCUCGUCUCGGCCAGUGACAACAUUUAUUUUCGAUACGUUCGCGAAGGGACGGAGGGAGAGCGGGGUAGGAGGGAGAGAGACGGAGAAAGAGCUCGGUUCCCCGAGCCGCUACUCGCUACUACGCGAGCUACGACAGCUACGUGCUCGGUGCUGCGGGGCAGUGUGGGGUGCCCGUGGAUGCGCGCGGCCAGGACAGCUAGCUGGAGCAGAUUUUGGAUAAACUCACUUAUUGAAAAACAAAAAAGAUGGUGUCGACACGUCAGUCGAGUAACAUGGGAAGCAGCGGUGGCAGUGGACCAGUUGGUGAAGUAGAAGUAAACUCGUUGAAAAAGCACCAUUCAGUAACGGCUGGCACGUCUAACAAUGGGGCCACCAUUGAAUCACGCAACCUGAAUCUCCUGGAUUUACCUGUCGAGAUCCUUGAGAAAAUCUUCGGCUAUCUAGGCUUCAAUAUGGUAGCCCAUAUGCGUCUGGUUUGCCAUCAACUGGAUCGCAUUUGUGGAUCAAUACUGAACUCUACGUUUCAAAAGCUACAAGCUCAAAUGUUGAGCCGUUUUCAGGCUAUCAAAGCGCAAAUGCCCAGACGCGAGUCCGCGCGUCGGAAUCAUCCGUUAGCGUGCGAGUCGGAUAUUAUAGAAACUCUGCAUAUGCGGCUCACCUUGCUGCAAAUGAGUUUCGGCAAGCACAUUGAACGGAAGCAUUGCUGCUUCUUUCCCGGCGAGAUCUUAGACGAAGUUUAUCGCAUUCUCUAUUACAUAAAAGUUACUCCGAAAUUACAAAGACCUUACAAAGUCACAGACGAAUUGUUUGAUCUGAGUACUAUGGCUAUGGAAUAUUUCAAAGAGCACAUUGAACCAACAUUACCAGAAAUUCCUUACUUCGGUGCCGAUUUUCUGGAUCUUGCAGGAACCUUCUCCUCUUCUAGUAGCGUGAGUAAACCAUUUAUGUGCCUGGAUUCCGCGCCCCUGACCGUCGGAAAUGGAAAAACGGGCAAUACUGGAGAAGAAGAAGGUUCUUUGUCGCAUUGUUCAGACGAUCCUGCUCUUUUGGAGUCCAAUGUGUCACCACCGCAAUCGAAUAUGGUUUUGCGAAAACGGAUUCGCAAGAUCAAACAGGGCAUGAGACGGUACAACAGUCAGCUAACAUUGAUGCGCAGGGAUUUGAAGAGUUGCAAGGCGAAAAUUGCGGAUCAACAGAAACAAAUUGUGGAGUACGCUACUCGAUUGGAUGAUAACGACAAAAAGAAUGAAGAGACGUCGCGGAAAUUCAGCACACUCCUACAGGAAUUGAACAAGUGUAAAACCGAACUACAAUAUUGGCGAUCCAAGUCACCAGCAAUACCAGUGUGCGUAGGUUGUGGCCAGUCAAUGCCAGUCCCUACCGAGGAUUUACAAGCUUUAGCCAAUCAGGGAGUGCUACCGGAUGCGUUUGGCGAAGGGCACGACUUUAUUCCGAUCGCGGAUGCCCACAGUCCCACCGAGGUGAUACAGCAAUCUGUAGUUACGCAAUCUCCGUCGACUCCGACGGUGGACAUGGCACCCCCCAAGGCUCCCGUGCCUUCGAUAUCCUUCAAACGGAGAUCUACCGCAGAGGAAACGUCGGGCGAUGCCGCGAAAAAAUCACGUCGCACUGCCAAGUCUCGUCAGGCUAAGCGCUCAAAGAUAUAAAUUGAUAACACUGAUCAUGGUACAAAUAUUCAACCAGUUUAAUGAGUUUCCGAAGAUAGGGGACUUUCUAUGAUGGUUUACGCGCGUUUCUUUAUGUCAGCAAGCCGAUAUGAUCUUAGAAGAGUACAAAAUUCCUCACCGAACGUCCUGCAUCUCGCGCAACGAACCUCGUUUUGAAAAUUUUAGCCGCCGCGAUUUUCAUCGCUAGUUGGUUUUGCGAUUAUUUCUUGGACUUAACGUCGCCGGCACAUGGCGCACAUUGAUGAAUAUUCUAAAGAAGCCUAGCCGAUCAUUCGCUUUGCUCGUAAAGCAACGUCUAAUUAUACUUUCUCAAAUGCUUAUUAGAAUUCAUUUGUUUUUUCAUUGUCAUUGCCGCGGUACACUUGAAGAUGAUAGAAGGUUAAAAUCCUGUCUGUCAUGUUUGUUUUUGUCAUGCAUUUAACAGCGGUAUCGUACGAGAGAACGUACUAAGUAAUGUCGUGGCGACGGGCACUUUGCCUUCCAUUUUGCUCUUCGAUCAAAAAUGUACAGUCUUAUUUUUAAAAAUAAUGUAUCCUUGCUAGAAUGUUGAUUGAAAAUCGCGUCUUCAACAUUUUGAUCGAAUGAAAUAAUACGGGAAUGGAGACAGCAUUGAAAUUUCAUAAAGCAACCUAUAUAAAUCAAAUUGGUACAUACCAAGUAAUUUUUAGAAAAUUGUAAAUUUGAGAAUUUUUUUGGAUCGUAUUCUCCAUAAAUUGAAUUGAUCUAAACCAAGUAAUUUUCGGAAAGUAGUUGUAAAUUUAUUCGAGUAUUUGGAUCGCGUUAUGACACAACAUAGCUUGUGGUACUUUGCAUACAAAUUUUGAGAUAGAGUCUCUAGUAAAUUUAAUUUCGCGAUAUCGAUUAAAAGGUAUCUGGGAAAAUAUCUGGGAGAUUACGACAGUUCGUCCAGGUACUGCAAAUACAACCAAUAACCAUAUCAAUUCGUUUUGAUUAGUUAUGCUUGUUUGUAUUAGAAAAUUGAUUCUUUUACAAUCAUUAAAUAUUUUAUCGUCCAGCUCUAUUAUUUGUGUCAAUGUUCACAUACUUAGAUUAUAUGAAUUCGUGUGGCUGGAUAAAAUCAAAAAAAUUUUAUGAUAAAAGUAUCAUCCCAGUAUUAAGACGCGAAACAACCAGAAAAUAUCUGAAAAGAAUUUACAUCGUAUGCGAAAGAGCAAAAUGUUGAUGGAUACCUGAAAGGGUGUUAGUUUAUUUUUAUGAAUGCGCCAUUUUACCAAAACAAUUACGAAAUGGCGUACACAUUGCAAUAUUAAUAGAACUAGAUAAUUAUUUAUAGGAAUGAUUCUAUUUAGAUAAAAAAUUGGGUAUCAUGCUAUU